CAACGACGUACCUAUCUACCGGGUAGACGAAAACUUAUCUACAACUGGUCGUUACACUAGAUCGGGAGCUCAAGGUCAGAAGUGGCAAAGGUUCUAAAAGAUAUAGGGAAUACUGAUGCAUGGUCGGUUCUCUGCUGUGACGUAUUUGUUACCUACAUCCAAGACACUUGAGUGGCUAAUCGAAAUCAAGUGGUUAGUUGCAAAUCGAUAGUCACAAGAAAAUUCUUGGUAGUCUGCUUUCUGAUCUAGAUUUCUGCUGCACUAACCAGUUUAAAUUAUCCCACUUAGCAUCGUGAAACAUGGCAACUUACUUGGAUCUUGAAAAGUGCAAUUUAUUGUGUGCAUGCAAGCGGACGAGCCCUUUAUGCACGUUAUAUUUUUGUCGGCAUUGUUAUUCCCUUCGGUGUCCUGACUGUGUUUCACAUGAGGUGGAUUCUUACUAUUGUCCAAAUUGUCUUGAAAAUAUGGCGAGUGCUGAAGCAAAGAUGAGAAAACACCGAUGUGGUAAUUGUUUUGACUGUCCAAGUUGUGGGCAUACAUUAUCUACACGUGCUACUGCUGUUGUCCAUGCUAAACCAGAUGAACCGGGUAGGACUACAGCACAAAAGGCCUACUUUCUGGCAUGUGGAUUCUGUCGAUGGAUUACACGAGACAGUGGUAUUCCAGAUCAACAACAAGCUGCUGGCGGGUGGCAAGAAAAAACAAGUCCUCACUUUAAAAGAAUAUCUGAAUUGAUCGAUAGCUAUCAUCACUUAGCUGUUCAAGAGAAAGAGGAUCAAGAAUGGAAUAAAUUUGCCCGGAAAAGAAAUUAUAUGAUCUUACUGGAACGUUACCCUGUUCUUAAUCCACGUUUAAGACGCUACUGUUCAUCUUCAUGGACAACACCGAAUAGAGAAAGUGGUCCCACUAAAAAAGUGGUUAUUCCGUCCGCAGAAGCCUUUUCAGAAGUUCCACCUUUCGAUUUGGAUGAAUAUAUCAACAAACCAUUGAAUAUUGAUAAAAUAACAAAUAUUCGUCAGCGUCAUUUAGCUCCGCAAGUUCAACCACGGUAUAAAUCACAGUUGGAACCACGACCAAAAAAUUUAGUAGUUAAACGAUCAAUGCGUUGUCGUGUUUGCGAACACAAUUUAUGCAAAGCUGAUUUUAAUCCAAGUUCUAUUAAAUUUCGAAUCAAUCUAAGUGCCAUUUACCAUGUACCUGAACUUCGAUACAUGAUAUUACCACCAUCAACACCACAGCCAUCCUCAUCAUCAACAACGUCUACAGCUGAACUGACUACGGGUAAAAUUGACUUGACACUUCAACGUCGUACCUCUACAACAUUAGUUGCCAUGAGGUGUGAACCUGUUAUACACUCUAAUGCUGCACCUGGUCAGAAAUUGAAUAUGAUUCUUACUAUAAGUAAUCCAAUGCAUCGAGUUACAACUGUUUCAUUGCGUCAGUUAAGUCCAAGUGAAGAACUACACCAUCUCGGACAUUUGAUUAGUAAUAACCAUGAAAUUCGACCAAAACCUUCAUCGUCAUCUAUAGUUAAAAAAGUUGAAUCUCUUUCUGUUGGUGAUAAAACUGAUAGUACUGGUGAAUUACAAGUCAAACCAUCCGGGGAUACAUCGUCAUCUGAUGAACCGGAAUCAUGUUUUUCUACUGUGAAUCUUAUUCUGCCAAAUGAAGAAUUAAAGCUUGCACCUCGUAAUGACAUAAUGGAUUGUGAUGUGAGUUCAGGCCAAAGCUCAGUAGAUAACAAAGAUGAUCCCAAGAUAGUGGCCUUUCGUCGUGGUAACAAACUAGGUAUUAACAUAACUCUAAUACCCAAGACCGACAAGAUAAGGACACCACAGAAUUCAAGCUUAGCUCCAGUUAUUGAAGAUCAAGAGGUUGAUGUACACCCUACACCUACUGAAGAAAUGAUUCCAUUACGAGCAGCAGUGUACUUGAAUUACGACUACAAGAAUACAUCAACCACUCUACUGACUGCUGCAACGAGCAAGGCAAGUGAUUCAAAAACUCCAGACAAACCUUCAGAAACUGCUAGUUGUGAAACACCAGCUGCCGUGGAACGUCCUGCGCCCUCAGCUGACGAAAUUAAACAAAUCCAGUUAAUCGCGUUACUUGAUUUUGGUCAUAUGCCAGUUAAGAAAUGAGGAAAAAGUACUUGAUUUUAACGCGCAUAUUUUCAAAAAUAUCUCAUCAUUGAGUUUGCCUAACUUAUUUCUUUGUCACUGACUUUUUUAUUUACCCAGUUUACGUAGGGUAUUGGACUAAGUCUUUUGUCCUCUUCUUUAAUAAACUACUAUGGGAU